AAGGAAACUUGCACCUAUUUCGUUGUCAUAAAUAUUGGUUAGCCUCCAGAAAGUUGAUCUGUAUGGUUGAAGCGAUACUCCUUUAAUGUGCAGUUCAACCAUGUCCACCGUCAGAGAUACUAGCCCUUUGACAAAGAAGCUCAUUCUUGCCGCAUUGGUCCUCAUAUUUCUUUUACAAUCAUACUUGUGCGUAGUCAAGUUCUUGGAGCGAAAGAUCGUGGACGAAACCUUGACUGUGGAGCAAGAUGAAGAGUUCCUGCCGUGUUUAACGCUCUGCGGCUACCCGUAUCGUUCGGACCUCACCGGAAACAUGAUAUUGAACCGACAACUGAGUCAUUAUUGUCCGCCCAAUGCCACCGAUUUCAUCGAAUGUCUUGGAGCAGGUCAUUUUACACUCGAUGAUAUGGUGGAGGACACCCAGUGGUUGAUCACUGGCCGAUCAUUGGAUAAAUCCUGGUGGGGCGAGGCUACGUACAACUUCUUUAACGGCAAAUGCUUCACCUUAAGGAUCGACACUCCCUCCAAGGCCAAUUUCGUCAUGGACAUGGUGUUGAUGCGCUUCAAUUGGACCACAUUGCAACGGCACAAGAUGAACAUGAGGAUUCAGAUCCACGGAGAUGAAGGCUACUUGCCCAAUCCAAUCUACGGGAAAGAGUUCCUCCAUCGGCAAAUCGUGGAUUUCAUCCCCAGUCCCUUAAAAUAUACGGGAGUGCUCGUGAACAAGAAAAAGCGAACUAAUAUCAACUAUCCGAAGGGACGAUGUCAGGAGGAUCCCAAUUGGGACAUUAUUCGAUGCAUUGAGGAGUACAUUAUUCGAAAGAUUGGAUGCACUUAUCCUUGGAUACUUCGAGCGAAUUUGGACGGCGUCAAGAAUUGCUCGACCCGAGAAGAGUUCGGCAAACUUUUGGGAGUCCAUGGAGCCAUAUUGAACACUUCGCCUUCGAAGUUGCCCAAGUUGACAGGUUGUCCACCACCUUGUACGCUGAAUGACUUCGCAAUCGCCACUCGGGAUGUCAAUUUCGGUGGUGUCAUUGGCAAUUCCACUGGGAUUACCUAUUACCUGGGAACGACGAAUUUGGAAGUGACUAAGGAGACUUGGUUGUAUGAUGUGAACAACUUGAUCGGCGAGAUUGGAGGAUCUCUGGGACUGUUUCUGGGAGCCUCCCUGCUCACUAUUUUUGAAGUGGUCCAAGGAGGGUUCAUGAAGGUGUUCCACGUUGUCAACGGUGGAACAAAAUGAUGCGGCGGAAUCAAAUCAAAUUUACUUUCCCAGACCUGAUGAAAUCAUCUGUCGAGCUAGUGAACAAGUUUUACCCCUCUAACUUUUCCCAUUUGCACCAAUUCCUGGCUGAUGUUUGUUUGGCACAACUUUCUGCGCCUUUUUCUCUCUCCCUUUUUGGCACUAUAUGCACAGUAUGUAUACUAACAACUUGGAAAUGCAGAUGGAUACCAUGAAAUGAAUGGACUCGGUUUUCGUUUUGCUUUUUU